ACGACAGAGAGACGCGACUUAACAAGUCGGCGAGUUGUUUCCAUGUGAAAAAACAACACAGUUGCACCAUGAGACUGAUGUGUUUCUGCGGCGCCUUGCUGCUCCUCGUCGUCCUUCCUGCUGGUUGUCAGGGAGGCAACAUUUUGGUCUUUCCGAUCGAGGGCAGCCACUGGGUGAACAUGGACAUCCUCAUCCGAGAGCUGCACUCACGGGGGCACAAUGUUACCAUGGUGCGUCCCCUUAAGACAUGGUACAUCAAGGACAACGCCUCCUAUUACCACACCGUCACCAUCCCAGUGGAAAAGACCUUGGACAAAGAGUUCAUCACUAGCAUGAUUGUUGAGAUAAUGGAGUAUGAGAGGGGUUCCUUACCCCUGACGACUUUUCUACAUUUAACCGUUGGCAUGUUCGGAGUCUUCUUUAAAGCUCACAAUUAUGUGGGUGAAUUUACCACAGCGAUGCUGGAUGACAACGACCUAAUGAGGAGAUUAAAAGACAGCAACUUUGACCUAAUGCUCACUGACCCCUGCUGGGGUGGAGGUGUCAUUGUUGCCAAAUAUUUGAACCUUCCUCUUGUGUACAACGUUCGCUGGAUUAUUGCUACUGAAGGUCAUUUCGCCAUCGCUCCUUCGCCGCUAUCUUACAUUCCUCUUACAGGAACGGGAAACACCAACAAGAUGAGCUUUUUUCAAAGAGUCAAAAAUGUGAUUGUGUUUUGGAUUGGCUACACACAACAUAACUUGGUGAUUAAGUACAUUUACCAGAAAAUAUGUGACAAAUAUCUGGGGCCGGAUAACGAUAUGCACCAUUUACUGCAGUCUGCAGACCUUUGGCUCAUGAGAGUGGACUUCGUGUUUGAGUUUCCUCGCCCCACCAUGCCCAACGUCAUCUACAUAGGAGGAUUCCAGUGUCAACCUGCCAAGCCUCUACCAGACCACCUGGAGGAGUUCAUGCAAAGUUCUGGAGAACAUGGAGUCAUCCUCAUGUCUCUUGGGACUUUUGUGAGCGAACUUCCUGCCGACUUAACCGAAGAGAUAGCGACAUCAUUUGCCAAGGUGCCUCAGAAGGUCAUCUGGAAAUAUAAAGGUGCUAAACCUUCAACUCUUGGCAACAACACUCUCCUGGUGGACUGGAUGCCACAGAACGACCUCCUUGGACAUCCCAAGAUGAAACUCUUUGUGGCUCACGGCGGGACAAACGGUGUCCAGGAAGCUAUGUAUCACGGAGUGCCCGUUGUGGGAAUACCUUUGUUUUUCGACCAGUAUGACAACUUGCUGCGUCUCUCAGAAAGAGGAGCAGCCAUCAUACUCCAGUUAACCUCAGUGGACAAAGACAACAACUUCCUGGAGGCCAUGCAGGAAGUUCUUACAAAUUCGUCUUACAGGAUGAACAUGCAGAGCCUCUCCAGGUUGCACAGAGAUCAGCCCAUUGCACCGCUCGACAACGCCAUCUUCUGGAUCGAGUUUGUCAUGAGACACAAAGGUGCAGCUCACCUGCGGACCGAAUCCUACAAGAUGCCCUGGUACACCUACUACUCUGUGGACGUGUAUCUGUUCCUAGCUGGAGUUGUCUUAGCAGUAUUGAUCAUGUUUUGGAUCACAAUCAAGUGUUUAUAUUCUGCUUUGUGUCGGAAGAAAGUCAAACGUGAGUAGUCAGUCCGUAUAGUCUGUAUUUAAAACGUUCACACGCACCUGAAAGUCUACAAAUCAGUUGUACUCUCAAGGCCAUGACAAAAAUGACUUGUCCAGGAGCCAUAGCGUCCAGAUGACCAAAAUCUUUAGCUAUUAUUUUGCUCCUGAACACAUAUCUGGCGGUCAGUUUUUGUGUAAUCUGUAGAUAACUAACUGCACUUUGAAUACUCUCUUCCAUCUCCAGAGUCUUUGUUUCCUACUAUUAGUGUGACGUCAUCUACAAAAUUGGAGCACAUUUGCCCGCAUAGACAGUGUGGAUAAAGACAUGUAAAAUUAUAAUUUUGAUCACUUGAUUGCCUGUUUUGUGACCCUGGUCCAUGAUUACUUCAAACCUGAUACAGUUAACAUUAUGAGUAAAAAAAUAAAUAUAAAAUAAUCCCCAUUUCCGAACUUCGUGGCUCUUCAAUAGACACUGUAGCCUGUGUUUCCUUGUGCUCGUUCAGCGAUUUCUUCGAGCAUCUUGAAGAAAACAUCAGUAGAAGAGUACUCAAAAAAUAGAAUACUUGCAGCUCACCUUUUUAUCUCAAUUUGAACGCUGAGUCUGCUCUUUUUUUUUUUUUUUCUGAAGGUUCGGACUCAGUCUUUCUUCCCUCAAGGGUGUUGUUGAUUUUUCUGAUUGCAUUUGGCUUGAGUCUUUUAAAUCGUAUGCAUUUAAAAUCCGACCAAAACACUUAUUUUCACUUUUUUAUUCUUUUAAAGUCAAAAUCGUCAAAACCUUUGCUGCAAACUAGACUCGUCUCGCUUUGUACGUCAAUUGGACUGAAGAGGUGCAAACUUUCUUCAUAUUCCCGUCAUGCAGGCUGACCCCUUCUUUAGUUGUAUUGCUACAACCUGCAACAAUGCAUCUGUUAGACAUAUUUGAUAAUUCCUUCAAAUUCUGCAAAAAAAUAUCACGUUUCAGGAUGAAGAUGCUACCAAAACAAAUACUACACAAUAUGAAAUUGCCUCCAGUCUGUGACGUCAGCAGGCUGAUGCAGGCCUACCCACAUUUCGGAGCUAAAAGUGUGCGAUCUAAAAUGUGCUGAAACCCGUUAACAAGCCUAAAAUCACGACUGUGUCAAUUUUGGGGGGAAUUUUACCUUCAUUCAUCAUUUUGGUACCGGUACCGGUACCAAAAUAUUGGUAUCGGUACAACACUACCCCUAAUACAUGGCAACUAGUUAGCCUUGCAGACAUGCCAUCAAUGAUUGUAUGAGCUUGAAAGAGGUCCGUAUGAAUAUGUAUUAUUUUUGGUGGGACAAACCAUACAACUCAAUGGUCCAAAUUUGGUCCGCAGGUCCCACUUUAGGCACUUUUGCAUGCGGUUUACAACAAUGGAAUACCCUAGCACAGUGGUUCUCAGCAUUUUUUCAGUGAUGUACCCCCUGUGAAUUUUUAUUUAUUUAAGUACCCCCUAAUCAGAGCAAAACAUUUUUGGUUGAAAAAAAGAGAUAAAGAAGUAAAAUACAGCACUAUGUCAUCAGUUUCUGAUUUAUUAAAUUGUAAUAAUAAUAUUGCUCAUUUGUAGUGGUCUUUCUUGAACUAUUUGGAAAAAAAUAUAUAAAAAUAACUAAAAACUUGUUGAAAAAUAAACAGGUGAUUCAAUUAUAAAUAAAGAUUUCUACACAUAGAAGUAAUCAUCAACUUAAAGUGCCCUCUUUGGGGAUUGUAAUAGAGAUCCAUCUGGAUUCAUGAACUUCAUUCUAAACAUUUCUUCACAAAAAAUAAAUCUUUAACAUCAAUAUUUAUGGAAAAUGUCCACAAAAAAAUCUAGCUGUCAACACUGAAUAUUGCAUUGUUGCAUUUCUUUUCACAGUUCUUUUUGACAGACAUUUUAGUGAGGGUCAAACCAUCAUGGCAUGGGGGAAACUCUGCAUUUAUGGUAAUGAAUGGAAUAGCCUACUUGAUUUGAUGUUCAGUUUAUGAACUUACAUUCAUUUUUUGUUGAAUUAUUAUUCAAUAAAUAUAUUUAUAAAGGAUUUUUGAAUUGUUGCUAUUUUUAGAAUAUUUAAAAACAAUCUCACGUACCCCUUGGCAUACCUUCAAGUACCCCCAGGGCUACGCGUACCGCCAUUUGAGAACCACUGCCCUAGCACUUUGUCCCUUCGAGGCACGCAGCUCCGAUAGGCGUGACUUAUCAGGUUACACCAUUGGUCACAGCCACUUAUUGUUGUACGUGUAGAUUAGGUAUCACGUUGCAAUGGCAUUAUCGUUAAUAAACGACAUGUCUCAAUUCAUCACUGGCUGCGUCCUUCUCUUAAACAAAUAAA